AUGAGGCGACGCCAGUCUCUCUCCCUCCUCUCCGCGCAUCUCCGCCGUCUACAGCAGCAUAACGGCCACGUGUCGUCAUCCGACGCCGCGAUCGCCCUCGCAUCGUCAUUGCACCCCUCCUUACAGCCGUCAUCAGUCGCGUCUCCUCCAGAGCCAACGUCCUCCACACCACCACCACCACCACCAGUAAUGCCGGCCGAGCUAGCAGCUGUGGUGGAGAAAAGCCUCUGUGCCGUCUUGGCCCGCCACCAGCACCUGGAGGAGCUGCUCUCCCAGCCUGACACGUCAGCAGACGACCUGGCGAGAGCAGGCAAGGAGAUGAGCGAUCUGGCGCCAGCUGUCGCAAUCGCACUGGAGCUGCAGAAAAAGACAAAGGGUUCCGAGCUUCCCCUCCCCCCAACUCUCCCUCCUCCCCUUCGCCUUCUCGCCCCUUUUCCCCCCCAUUCAUCGCCACUCAACCCAUGCGUGUGUGCAAGCACAGGAGGCGACGAGGCAGCCCUAUUUGAGACGACUCAAAACCCGCCCCUCCCCUUCUCGCCCCCCUAUCCGCCCAUUCAUCGCCACUCAACCCAUGCGUUUGUGCAAGCACAGGAGGCGACGAGGCAGCCCUAUUUGAGACAACUCAAAACUCGCCCCUCCCCUUCUCACCCCCCUAUCCCCCCAUUCAUCGCCACUCAACCCAUGCGUGUGUGCAAGCACAGGAGGUACCAGCGCUUCUGCGCUAAGCGGGGGUGGCAGUUUGAGGUUCUAGACGUCACAGAGAUUGAGAAGGGCGGAUACAAGGAAGCGAGUGCGAGUGUGUCAGGGGACGGGGUGCUCGGGUGGCUCAAGUGGGAGAGUGGCGUUCACAGGGAAGCGAGUGCGAGUGUGUCAGGGGAAGGGGUGUUUGGGAGCCUCAAGUGGGAAAGUGGCGUGCACAGGGUGCAGCGAGUACCGGCCACUGAGAAAUCGGGCAGGGUGCACACGAGUGCUGCUACCGUGGCUGUGCUGCCCCAAGCUGACGAGGUGAGCAUUGCGGAACGGUGUAGAGGGGUGCAGAGGGUGCACAGGGAGCACAGGGUGCAGAGGGUACCAGCCACAGAGAAGGCAGGCAGGGUGCACACCAGUGCUGCUACUGUGGCUGUGCUGCCCCAAGCCGACGAGGUGAGUGGUGCAGAGGGGUACAGAACUGGUGCGGUGCAGAGCGGGUGGGCGUGUUUGGGAGCCUCAGUGGAUGUGUCGAUCCGGCAGGAGGAUCUGCGCAUUGACACGUACCGCAGCGGCGGGUGUGGAGGGCAGUCGGUGGACGUGCUAAUCCGCCAGGAGGAUCUGCGUAUCGACACGUACCGCAGCGGCGGGUGUGGGUGGAGGGCAGUGGAUGUGUCGAUCCGGCAGGAGGAUCUGCGCAUUGACACGUACCGCAGCGGCGGGUGUGGAGGGCAGUCGGUGGACGUGCUAAUCCGCCAGGAGGAUCUGCGUAUCGACACGUACCGCAGCGGCGGGUGUGGAGGGCAGUCGGUGAACACGACCAACAGUGCCGUGCGCAUCACCCACUUGCCCUCGGGGCUUGUCGUGGCUAUACAGGACGAACGCUCUCAGCACAUGAACAAGGCCAAGGCGCUCAAGGUGCUGCGAGCACGGCUGUUCGACCUGCAGAGGAAGCAGGCCGAGGCGUCGCGGUCUCAGCUCAGACAUGGGCAGAUCGGCUCUGGCGAUCGCUCGGAGCGAAUCCGCACGUACAACUUCCCGCAGGGCCGAAUCACGGACCACCGCGUGGGCCUCACCCUGCACUCGCUGCCGCAGGUGCUCCAAGGGGAGGGCCUGGAGGCGUUUAUAGAGGCGCUGGAGGCAGCAGCAGAGAAGGAGGCGAUAGAUGGCCUGGCCAAGGCAGGGUAG